AUGAACGUCCUAACGACUAGUAACUCUGCCAUUCCAACCAAUAAGUCUUCUGUUCCGAAGACUUUGUCCACCACGGACGCCCUUCUGCAUCAUCUCCGCGCUUUAAUACCAAGCAGCGGAGAGCAGCAGGAGGUUCCGAAUAUUGACUUCUCGAUAUUCGCUUCAUUGCUCAACCCUUCAGCAAAAGCCUGCUCCCUUCCAAGUCCUACAGAAUCAUUGGCUUCUGCUGGCAGCACUUCUAGUCAAAAUUCUGGAAAUGGAACGAAGCGAAGCGGCUCGCCGUUGCAAUGCGAUGUAUCGUUCAAAAAAGCAAAGGACGAAGAUGAUAAUUCGGAUACCGAGUCUUCCGAUCAUGGUGGAAAUGAUGGAAUCGAUCCAAAUACUAUGUCGCCGCUUCAAAAUAUUCUAAUCAAGCCGGUACACUUGAUUACUCCUGAUGAUAUCUUCAUGUCGGUUCCCGGAAGACUGUCGCUGCUAACAUCGACUAACCGAUACAAAGUCACAAUUGGAGAGAUUCAACGACGACUCGGAUAUCCUGAAAAUCUCAACGCAUCUAUUCUUGGCGCCAUUCUUCGUCGUGCAAAAUCCAAGAAUGGCGGAAAAGAGCUUAGAGCAAUUUUGGAGCAACAUGGAAUGAAUCUACCAGCUGGUAGAAGAAAAUCAACGCAGAUUACAUUAUUCACUUCCAUGAUUGAAGGUGAAGCCGAGCACCUGGCUAAAGACUUUGACUAUUUGUGCACCAACGAGUUUCCUGCCGAAGAUCUUGCAAAACAAAUGGUCAUGCAGCAACCAAAGGAUGAAGCAUCGCUUGGAAAGAGGAAAGAAGAAUUGUACACUGCUUUGAAAGUAAUGAAUGAGCUCAUGCAAUCGAUCACUGGAAGCUCACCAAUGAACAAAGUGUUUGCCGAAAAGCCGCUCACAAACUUUCAACUUCUCACUCACAACUUUGGAAAUCCUGCUCUUCUCACUGCUUUUGCGACAUUUAACAAAUACGUGACCAGCCAAUUGGAACUUUUGAACUAUUCUGAAAACACUCAACCAUCGGUGCCUAUUCAACAGGGACGAAAGACAGUGAAAAAGUUGGAGCAAAGCGAUCUUUAUUAUAUGCCACAGGAGAUGACACUUCAAAAACUAUUGCAGAUGUGCCAACAAAAAAAUUGUAUCUAA